GUAACAGGAGAUGAUAAAUCACUAUCUGGAGCUUCAUCUGAGCAUCAUCAUGGAGUGGGGGAGGAUGCUUGGUCUAAAAGUAGAGAUAAAACAACUCUCUUUAGUCUGAGCAAUCCUGUGGAUGAUUGUGCUGAAAUGGAAGCGUCUUCAGAAAGCAUACCUGGAGAGAGUUUGGAGAAAAUGGAUGUCAGCAGAGAAAAUAGUAACUUCUCUACCAGGUCAGACCAAACUACUUUGGAGUAUCAUGAUGCAAAAUCACCUGGCGAUUUUGAAGAUGAUGUUAUCUUUAUAGCUGCUAAACCAGCUAAUUAUUCCACUGAAGAAACUGCUGAUUUUCAAGAAUCGGAGAACGGAGAAGACAGUGAAAUUGUUGAAGAUAAACCUUUCCAGAUGGAACAACCAGAUUCAUCAGACCUAAGAAAAGAAGUUGGAUUUGUGGCAGAAUCAAAUGCUGAAUGUCUUACCCUUCCCGAGGAUGGUAAAUUGGUGUUUAAAGCUGCUGAGGCUGCUACGUUUGGGACUGCAAGUGAAGGUGAAACAAACCACCAAGAGUCCAAAAUGUCCUCUGCAUCAGAAGAAAAAGCCAUACCAGCUGCAACAAAUCCACAGCUUUUCGAAUCCCCGGAGGCAGACAGUGAAUCUGUGAUAAGUAUCCUUGACAGUGAGGAUGUGGUCAAUACUCAUUCAGAAAAUCCCCUUGAGGGGAAGUGUGUGGAUUUACCUAAAGAACAUAACCUAGAAGCAGCUGAAGUUGAAGAAAAUGUUCCUUUCCUGCAGGAAGAAAUAACUGUUUCUAACAAUCUUCCUAAAACUGAGGAAAUUAAUGUUAUUGAAGAUGGUGCGGUUAAGGCACAAACCUCAGAGGAGGCACCUGAACCAUCACCGUAUAGUGAACUACACCCAUCAGGCGCUCUUCAAUGCAGCUGUGAUACUAUCGAGCAACAGUUUGCAUGUGAUUUGCCUGCUAAUGAAGAUGGUGAAUGUGAUGCGGCUGAGGGAGAUGGAGAGCUUUUUAUAUCUCAGAGUAAUUUUACUUUAGUCUUGGAAGGUGAAGAAGGUGAAACGGAAGUGGGAGACCCUCCCUUAGUAGAUGCUUCUAAACUGGCUGGCACAACAGGAGAGGAGAAGCCUGUGAACAACAGUUUGGGAAAUACUGAAAGCCAAGAACAUGUUACAACCUCAGUGUCCACUGUAACUAGUGAUCAGGAAUCUCAAAAUACUGCAGAGUCGCUCCCAUAUGUGCCUGAGCCCAUUAAGGUAGCUAUUGCUGAGAACUUCCUGGAUGUAAUGAAAGACACAAGAAGUAAAGAAUUUACAUCUGAAGUUGUAGAACAAUCUACUCAUGAAACCAUAGGUAAGAAGGUAACUAGAUUCCAGAAGGCAAAAGCUCCCUUAACAACUGUGCCAGAAGGAGCGGAAGAUGAAACCAGCGUGCAUCAAGUAGAGUAUGUCAUCACUCCUAGAACACGCGCAAGGGGACGGCUGAGUAGAAGUCAAAGUAUUCCAUGGGCAGGCGAUCAGCAACUACUGAAGACAGACAAACCAGUUUUGUUAGGACUGUCUCCUAGGAGAAGUACCAGGCGAAGAAAAGAAGCAUCUGAGACUUCUAGUCUUCAGGCAGAAGAAAGCGCUCAAGAUGAGCAAAUACCCGUGACGCCUGUUACUCCUAGGAGAGGUAGGAAGCCUGGACAGACUAAUUUAGAAAAAGUAGAAAGCAGCCAUUCUGAUGGACAAACAUUGUCCGUCAGUGCGCAGUCCGUAGCCGUUACUCCAAGAAGAGGAUUAAGGAGAGCAAAGGAAGCUGCAUCUGAACUCUUGGAAGGGGCUAAUGAGGAAACGCCUCUGGCUGAAGGUAGCAUUAUUGCUUCUGCUACUUCCAAAAGGGCUAGAGGAGGAAAAAGGUCAGCAGGAGACAGAGAAACCGGCCAGACUGGCACCGAUCAUAAGGUAAAAGCGGCAGUCAGUCCCAGUAGAAGUGCAAGAAAACUGAAAGGCAUUAAUUUACAAUUGACUGAAAAUAUUGUCGAGGAUCAAGAGGUGCAGCCUAGUGACCAACUCCUUUUACCUGUGCCAACUAAAAGAGGCAGAAGGAGAAAGAUGAGUUCCUCAGAAGUUUCAGAAAAUUCUGACCUUGAUCUGUCUAAACCAUCGCUUCCUCAAACAGGAUUUAAACUUCCUGCAACUCCUAGAAGAAGUGCGAGGAAGGGGUCACAAAAUCUCUUGGCAGACACAGAAUCUAUCGCUGCUCAGGAAGACAUACAUUCGGGUGGGAAAGUGGAAAUCCUCGAUGCUGCUGGGAGAAGAACAAGAAGAGCUCCACACGCUAAACCAGGAAAAACGGAUACUCAUGAGCCAAGACCUGCACAGCCAAAUGAGGAAUCAACCACACCCGGGACUACAGUAAGGACGGGACGUCGGGGCAGAAAGAGACGGUCGAUAUUUGAGGAGAGCACAGGGGAGGAGGCCUUCCCCCAAGGACCUGGUGGCAGUCCUUUGCUGCUUGAAGACAUAAACCCGUCAGGACGUGAUGAAACAUCAAGAACUUUAACCGAUCGUGUUACAAGAACCAGAUCCCGCAAAACUGCCAUGCAUCAGAAACUGUCUGUUGAGGAAAAUGAGUCCUUCCUUUUCUCUCCUCCUCUCACAAAGCUGACGAAGAAAUUUAAAGCUGGAAAAGCAGACCAUCCUGUGCAGCUUAAGGAUUUAGACCCGGACUUGUCUUCUCAAUUUGUCUUUUCACCCCCUCUUUUGAGGUCAAGGAGAAAAAAUGUAUCUAGCAUUUUCCGAAUAGUGAAAGAACCAGAGCUUCCAACUAAAGAGGAUGAGGAUACCAAAUCUAUAGAGUCUGUGGGAAAGCAAAAAUUGAAGAGAGGUAGAACUGCGAAAUCAAAAAUGAAGAAAGCAAGCAAAAAAGAAGGUUCUUGGUCACCUCCACCAGUGGAAAUAAAAUUCAUCUCUCCUUUUGGAAGUCCAGUGGAUGGAACAAAAAGCAAACAGAAAGAAACUGCAGAUGUGGCAGAGAAGACUCUACGAAAGAACAAAAAAAGACUGUCUAAUUUUCCAAAGCCAGUUGUGCGCCGGAAGAUGCUGUAACUGUUUUUUAAAUUUGUAAUGUACACCACUGUUUGUAAAGUCAUCAAAAUUGUGUGGAUUAGUAAAAAGAAAAAAAUAAUCUAAUUUGGAAGAGAUAAUUUAUAUAAAUUAUUGUAAAAUUUCAUAAACAAAUGGUCUUCAAUAAGUAACUCCAUGUGGAGUGUGAUUUCCUCAGUCAAUCCAGUUUUCUAUUUUAUAUUAAGACUUCAUACGUUUAUAUAAUAUGUAAAUACAGCUUAUUUUAGGAAUGUUAAAUAAAAAUGUAUACUUCACGAUA